CAGACCUGGAAAAAGUCCUGGAGACUUCUGGAGAGAGGACAGACUGAGGACAUGGACGGACUCUGAUCCUGAAUCAGUUGAAGGGUCCAGGUGAUCUCUGUGAGCCCGCCCGGGGGUCAGUCUGCUGAUGGAGCCUCGGCCCUCGGCGUUACCAUGGAAACACUGCAUCCAGCUGACUCUGCUGCUGGUCCAGCUGAGUCUACCUGAAGUCAGAGCUUCCUGUCGGAUCCUGAGGUGUAACUCAGACUUUGUGGCUGCGACGUUGGACCUGGGGAGCAGCAGCGGGGGAGCAGGAGGAGGAGGAGGAGCAGGAGGAGGAGCAGCUCUCAGCAGGGAGGCUGUGAACGCCGGUUACUGCAGCGCCCUCCGCUCAUACGCCAUGUGCACUAAACGCAUGGCGCGGGCGUGUCGUGGUGACCUGGCGUACCACUCUGCAGUUCAGGGCAUCGAGGACCUGCUGAUCCAGCACCGCUGCCCCCGGGCGGGGCCCACCGCCCAGCCACGGCCCCCGCCUCAGGGCACGCUGUCGGGGGACGCCUGCCUCUAUGAGAGGAGCCUGUUCUCCAGAGAGGGCCGGAUGCCGGAGUACCUGCACUGCGGCGUGUUCGGAGACCCGCACGUGCGAACAUUCAACAACGACUUCCAGACAUGUGCCGUGCAGGGGGCGUGGCCUCUGGUAGACAACGAGUACCUGUACAUACAGGCCACCAGUGCGCCAACAAGGGGGGCGACGCACGCCACCACGCUCACCAAGAUCACCGUCAUCUUUAAGAACUGGCGUCAGUGCAUCGAUCAGCAGCUGUACCAGGCUGAGCUCGAUAACGUCCCCGCCGCAUUUGCAGACGGCUCCGUAUCCAGCGGCGAGCGGCGAGGUCACCACAGCCUGACAGUCCGGACUCAGAGUCCCGGCCGACACGCCGAGAUCCGAGCGGCUCACAUUGGCACGCUGCUGGUGAUCCGUCAGAGCGGACGCUCGCUCGGCCUGUCGGUGCGCUCGCCGCGGGGCAUCGUGGAGGCCUUCGGGCCUGAGCAGGACCUGCAGCUGUGCGUGUGGGGAUGCCCCGCCUCCCAGAGACUCAGCACGCUCCACCCGCCACCAGACUCUUCCUCCGCCGCCGCCCAGGCUCACUGCGCCGCUCUACUUCCUGCCAGGGACGUGUACUAUCAGGCCUGCGUGUUCGACCUGAUCACCACUGGAGACCUGAACUCCAGCGCGGCGGCUGUCGGCGCGCUGCAGGAUGCCAGGAACAUGAUCUCGGACACGCAGAGAGUUCACCUGCUGCCGGUCGCCUCCGCCGAGCCUCGCCGAGCACCCCUGGACCUGACGCUGCUGCCGCUGCUCGGCAUGCUGGGAACUCUGUGCACAGAGCUGUGUGUUUAACGUGAUGAGCUGGACGAUGACGUCACUCUGCACGGACACCCGCGGUCAUGUGACCGCAGCAGAUCCAACAUGGCGGCCUGAGACUUUAACCCCCCCCCCGUCCUCUGGGGUGUUACUGAUCCUGGAUCAGUUGUAAACAUUAUAAAAGACAGAAAAUACGCUGCUAAACCGCCGAUACGCAACUUAUGGCCCACGGGCCAAAUCUGGCCCCAAAUAUUGUGCCAGGUGCCCCCCCCCCCCCCCCAUUUUCUAAUUCACAAUAAAAGUGAUUCAAACUGGAAAUGUUGUCUUUUAACUUUAAGUAUUCAUCAAUCCUCGAUGUAUCCUACAAUCCUAAAAACGUCCUAAAAUCUGAGAAAUGUUCUAGAAUUCCAGAAGUGUCCU